GAUUAACGCAUUUACAUACGCAUGAUAUAUGUGUACUGCUGGGGUGUGUGUGGUGCUGUGCGAGAGAUGAGAGCAGCACGUCUUGCCACCAUUUCAAUCUCACCGUUUUCGUAUUGCUUAAAUUUUUUUGUGGGCCCAUUUUUCAUCGCCGGUCCUCGGCGACAUUGCAGUCUAUCGACGACCGUCCGAUCUCUUCCACUGCGAAUUCAUGAUGACCAUCAUCACUCUCCACAAAACAGCGCCAUCAAGUCCUGGGACAAGUUCUACAAGCGCCACCAAAACAAGUUCUUCAAGGAUCGGCAUUACUUAGAGAAAGACUGGGGACAGUAUUUCUCUGAUGAUAAUUCAGAAUCCCCAAACGGGAAGGUCGUUUUAGAGGUUGGCUGUGGAGCUGGCAAUACUAUCUUUCCGCUUGUUGCCGCAUAUCCCAAACUUUUCGUUCAUGCCUGUGAUUUCUCGCCCCAAGCAAUCACACUCGUUAAGUCCCAUGUGGAUUUUAGUGAAGACCGGGUAGAUGCAUUUGUUUGCGAUGUUGCAAACAACAAUCUCUGUGACAGAAUUAUGCCUUCUUCUAUUGAUGUUGUUACCUUGAUUUUUAUGUUGUCUGCAGUUUGUCCAGAGAAGAUGCCUUUGAUAUUACUUAACAUUAAAAAAGUACUGAAGCCGGAUGGUUAUGUUCUUUUACGAGACUACGCCCUUGGAGACUAUGCCCAAGUGAAGUUGCAGAACAAGAAUCAGAUGGUUAGUGAGAAUUUCUAUAUUCGAGGAGAUGGCACUUGCUCGUUUUACUUCUCAGAAGAUUCUUUGUCAGCCUUGUUUACAAGAUCUGGCUUCAACAUUAUAGAUAUGAAUAUAUACUGCAGACAAAUUGAGAAUCGGUCUAGGAAUAUUACGAUGGAUCGGCGAUGGAUACGUGCCAUUUGCAGCCUGCCUUGAUUGCGAUGUUCCUUUCUAAGUCGGGGCCUGUGGAACUAAUUUUACCAUCAGUGCUGUUAGCGAAAUGCUCAGUGAACAAGGGAAAGAACAACUGCAAUCCAAUUCUAAUGGUAGACACUUGGAAAAGAAAGCAAUCAAAUCCGCCAAGGUUCCAGUACCCCCACAAGAGAACAGCAGUUUGGAAGUAUUAUUAUUAUUAUUAUUAUUUUCCCCUGAUGUUUCUAUAUCAUUUUUAUUUCUGAAGAUGUGAAAUGCUUGAAUACUCGCUGGUAGAUAUGUGAAUUGAUUGUGGAAUGGGUAGUUUGUAUCAUAUCUAUCAUACGGGGUACUAAAUAAUGUAAUGUUCUUCGAGGAUGAUGUAGUCAACAGUUGGCAAAUUCCGAAUUUACAAAAUUUGUUUCUUGUUA